AUGGAUUUGUUGACCUAUGAUGACGUGCCUGUGAACUUCACACAGCAAGUGUGGGCUUUCCUGGAUCCUUCUCAGAAGAGUCUCUACAAAGAUGUGAUGCUAGAGACCUAUAGAAAUCUCACAGCUAUAGGCUACAUUUGGGAAGACCAUGGUAUUGAAGACCAUUUUCAAAAUUCUAGAAGUCAUGGAAGGCAUGAAAGAACUUGCAUUGGAGAGCAACCCUCUGAGUUUAUUCAAUCUGGUAAAGCCUUUGCAUAUCAGAGUCUUAGUCAAAGGAAUGAAAAAACACAUGCAGGAAAGAAACCUUAUGAAUGUAACCACUGUAGUAAAGCCUUUGCAGGAAGGAGUGCUCUCCAAAGACAUAAAUGA